CACUAACUAACUAAUUACGAGUAAAACCUUAUGCGGAAUUAUACAUUAGGAAUUCCCGUAUUUAACAUUAGCUUGCAACAAGCAAAACCGAUAGCUGUGAAUAAAGGAUGUACCAUCCCACCAGAGGCGGUGUUCGCGGUGGCCGAGAUCAAUUCAAGUGGGAUGAUGUUAAGGUUGAUAAACACAGAGAAAAUUACCUGGGUCACAGUCUCAAGGCUCCUGUUGGGAGAUGGCAAAAAGGCAAAGAUUUGUUUUGGUACACCAAAGACAAGAAUUCUAAGGGUGUUGAACAGGAUGCCUUAAAGGCAGAGAUUCAAAAGGUCAAAGAAGAAGAGGAGCAAUCUAUGAGAGAAGCUCUAGGCUUAGCUCCAAAGCGUUCUGACCGACCCAAAGGGAGCCGUCUUGAUAAACAUGAGUUUUCUGAACUUGUCAAGCGCGGGUCAACUGCUGAAGAUUUGGAAGGUGGUCAUGCUGAAGCGGCAAAAGUUCAAGGACUUGGUUUUGCCAGAGCUCCUCGUAUUAUGGAGGCAUCAACUACUGUUCUGCCUGGUGCCAAGGAUGCUGUUGUUGAGACAGACAAGGACAAGGCUUCUCUGCAGGCUUCUGAGAAAGUAGAUAAAAAAGACUCUGAUGAUGAAGGUAGACGGAAGAAGAGAAAGCAUGAUGAGAGGAGACGUGACAAGCACGAAGAGAGAAAGCACAAGAAGCAUCAUUCUCGUGAUUCAGACGAUAAGAAGAAACGUCGCAAGGAGAAGGAGAAGAGAAGGCAUGGGGGUUCGGAUUCAGACUGACUUCAUAUCUUCCUUUGUAAAACUAAUACAAGUACCUUUCAUCAUUCUCGUAAUUUAGCUCAUGUAAUUUGUAGCCUAAGUCUCUGGGGACAAUCCUAUCAAGUGGCAAACUGGCUCUAGGCUAGUUAUACUCUAGAGCUAAUUAUUAGGCAAUUAAGUGAACUCAAGAGUAUUAAAAUGAAUUGUAUAAUUGAAGAAAAAGUUCAGGUAAUUUCAUUUGUGAAAUAAUGAGAAAAGUUGUGACCGUUUGUGCA